AUGUGCAAUGCUGCCAAUGCGGAAGGACAGCAGCUUGACGAAUUCCCUGCACUGCCUACGACGGCCACACAGGAGCAGCGGUUGCCCAUUGACAUCACCCAUGCAGCUACCCAGCUCAUCGACGCGCAAGCCGCCGUCUACAACGCCAAACUCAGGGUUUUCCGAACCUUCUGUGCACACUUCAACGAGGCCGCCAAGGAAUUUGCUACCGGGCCGGAACGCGACUUCGCCAAGCACUUCUCCACUAGCUUCCUCGGUUUUUGGGAACAAACUCUGGCCAACACCAGCCCUGCAUCUACACCGACCUAUAGCGGCAUAGCCGCCAACGGGACCGCCUCUCCGGCAAAUCCACGACCCAAGCCUGCUGCCACUCAUCACCAAGCGCAAGGAUCGCCGGUGCCCGCUCCGUCGCGAGAAGACCUCCGGGUCUUCGUCCGCCUUGAAGCCGACGCACCAGCCAGAAACCACAUCGGCUACGCCAUACGAGCUCACGUAGCCAGCAAGACGGGCCUUGAGCUCAAUCGGAUCCCGCAAGUCCUCCAAGUGAACACCGGUUGGGCCAUUCGCGCCGCAGACAAAGCCACCCGUGAUCUGCUUAUUGAACGCCAAGCCGAAUGGGCCGACGAUCUUGGCGCAACGGCUGUUGAAACCAGCCAAAAAUGGUACAACUACGUCGUAGACAACUGCCCUCGUAGGCUUACAGACCUGUACGGAAACGAAGUAGACUAUGACGCUGCCGUCCGUGAUGAAGUAAACAACCAGACGGGACACACGCCGUGCGCCAACUGCCUUGGGCCCCAUGCUGCGGACCUUGCAGCAUGCCCGGCGCGGCCGAAGAGAGCUGCACAGCAGCGACAGCAAUCUCAGACGGAGCUUAAUGGCCAGCCAGCACCGGAGGCCUUCUGCCAUCGCGUCUCCGAUACGCCUGAGGGCCGCGGAACUCAGGCCAGAAGCGCCGGCGAGACGCCCCUUGCUGACAUCGCCUAA